AUGACGGAAUUUAAGACUCCUAUUAAAGGCACAGUAAAUAUGAAUUUUAACGACAAAAUUACUAUACCGCCGUCACCGUUUUUAAACAGACUUGGAUAUGGCACAGGUGUGAAUGUAAUGCAGCUUGUAAGAUCUCCCCGUGCGGGACAAAUUCGUUCGCCAUGGGCACUAAAGAUGUUGAACAAACGCGUAAAACCCAAUAAAGUGUACACAGAUCGGUUGAAGGCUGAAGCGGACCUUUUGAAACGUAUGUCUCAUCCCAACAUUGUUGGCUUUAGAGCAUUCGGUAAUUCUAAGAUUCUGUACUUAGGUAUGGAAGCAUGUGACCUAUCGCUGGGUGAUAUGAUUGAGAAAAGAAUUGAGGACGACGGUGAAGCAUUCUUGCCAAGGCAGAUACUUAAAGUAGCUGCAGACAUAGCUAGUGCAUUGGAUUACUUACACACAAAAAUGCAGAUCCUCCAUGGAGAUAUGAAGUCCUACAACAUCCUUGUUAACGGUGACUUUGUCACAUGCAAGCUGUGCGACUUUGGUGUCACACUGCCACUUGAUGAGAAUGGGGUUUUUGAGAAAAGUAGAUCAGGAAAAUCUGUAUAUUUUGGCACAGAAGCAUGGAGUGCUCCUGAAGUCAUCCACGGUGGUCAGAUCUGUGAUAAAACAGAUAUUUGGCCACUGGGCUUGACACUCUGGGAGAUGAUGGCGUUAAUGCCACCGCACACUCAGGUCGAGGAUGACGAUGAUUCUUACAUGGAGAACAGUGUACAGUGCCUUGAUGAUUUGGACGAGAGUAUUGAUGAAUACUUUAGUGAUAAAUAUGGUACCAGGCCGGCAGUUCCUAUAAAUAUAUCCGAGAAAGUGUACGCCCAUCCUCUGGCUCUAUUCUACUGCUGCACAGAAUCUAUGUCUGCCAUGAGACCUUCCGCACAUCACUUGGCCAUUGCUGCACAUGACAUGUUAGAACAGUGCCAAAAAGGAAAUUAA